CACUACCAACUCAAAAAUGAACAACAGCUGCUGAACCAGUUCGCCACAAUAUGAGUUUUGAUGCUGAUUGUGAUGAGUUUAUUCAAAACAAACUAUUCCGGACCAGGGGGAAAUGUGCAAUAUAUGCGCGCCAAUCCGAUGUCUACGUCGCUGUGAAGCAAAAGUCCACUUUCCGAGCCACUGCAUCCACUUUGGCCAUGGCGGAGAGCAACAACAAUGUGAUAAGCAUGCGGCAUGACAUUUGGUUCCACAUAUCGAUGCACAUUGACCCGGAGGACGUGCAGACCUUCGCCCUGAUAUGCAAACAAACCGCCCGACUGGUGGCUUCGCGGGCCUUCUGGCGCAAUCUCUACCGGCGGCACUGCACCGGAGCCACCUCCGGUUGGAAUCUGGAUCUGCCCGCCCAGCUGCAGCUGGAGCAGAUCCGCAACUGUGAUACCCGAGCCCUCAGAGCCCUCGUCAUUGAGGCUCUUUUCCACUGCCACCGUCCGCUGAAGGUUCGCCUGGAGCUGGGCUACAACCUGGACUGGCUGGUGCAGCGCAUCUUCGUGUCCUGCUGGCAGACGCAGUAUCAGUGCCUGUGGAUCAUGUGCUACAAGUUCUGGAACAGACAGCCGCAAGUGCAGCACGAGUCGGAGAUGGAUAGCAGCGAAGUGGUGAAUGAUUGGGAAUCCCUGGCAGAGGAUGAUGCGGGGCAAUUAGUGCCCACACUGGGCAAUCCCAACGAAGGGGUGGUUCUUCUUAUCGUGCUGUGCCGCCACUUUGUGCCCACUCCCAAUCAGUUGUCCUACAGCCAGCAGCAGGCACGCUACCGACUACGGGCCACCCGGGAACUGCUAUGCACGGACAUGCGAGCCAAGAACCUGGAGCUGGACUUCUCUGAAGACGGGUGCCAAAACGUAUCUGUAACCGUUAAGUAUGCUCGCAUCGAAAAGUACAAGGUAUUGCCCUGGUGGCAUCCAGACUUCCAGAGAUUCGUGAAAUAAAACCCCCACCCCGACUUGAUGCAACGAUAACAACCUGCAAUAGGUCACUAGCUUCUACUUCUUAUCUACAUUAUUGUAGUGUUCGCAUCUUAUCUUAAGUUGUACCGCCCAAACAAGUGUUCAACAUCGUAAACAAUUGUCUAGCAUUGAUCGUUUUAUUCAAACGGACUCUGGAAUUACAAGCUUCUGGAGGGAAAAAAUCACAUAUGCAUACCGUACAAGUAAAACAAUCAGGUGCAUCGUCGUUGUAAAAAGCGAUUUUGUUUAGGGACUACAACUGGAAGAAGACUGUUCAUAUAUACACACACUUUUAUCUUAAACAUAACAUUGGGUGCCACGAAUACAAAACAUGCAGGUGGUCGUAGUAAAUUCCGUUUCUCGGUGUUCGGUGUCUUGUGAUUAGAAUUAGUGGAAGCUUUUCCGGGGAUUAUCCUACACUUUGCCCAGAAGGUCGUGGCCAUAGGGCUUCUUGCGGUAACCCUUGAAGGCGAACAGUUUAAAUGCCAAAACCAUCAUCACAAUGCAGAAGGCGUACAGCAGCAUGCCCAUCCGCAUGUCCAUGUCGGUGAAUACGCUGGAGAUCUGUCGCUUCUGCCGCAUCUUAUCCGGCGUGGGAUGCAGCAGCUCCUCGCGCUGCAAGCCGAAGCGGCUCACGAACUGCGGAUUGUGUAUGUUCUUGAGGAAGCCCAGCACGGCGUCCUUGUUCCACUCGAUCUCCAAGUUCUCCGACUUGGUGCCGGGCGCCCGGUAACAUUCGCUGCAGCUGUCCGGCGAAGGGAACUGCUUCUUUGGGAACUCUGGGUCCUCGGUUUCGUCGCCGGCGAGCCGCUGGUUCACCUCGUUGUGAGCCGCCCACAGCCAGAGAACCGCCUCCUCCUUGUUCGGCACGCUCCAGAUUUUUCGCCUCGAUGCCAUUGCCUGUGAAUUGUACACAACAUCAAUUACUCAAUGCGUUCAAGUAACAAAAAACAACUGUUGGCACAGCUGCAGAUCAAAAGCCUAGUAAACGACGGUGGUACCUCACGUUGGGAACCCCAAAGUCAAUGGAAAAGGUUGAUAAAUGUAAAUCUACCCGCCUUGAUCACUGGGCUUUUGGAAAAUCAUUUGUAUGAACUGAUCAAUGCUUAGCUGGCAACAAAUCGUUUGUAAUAAUGGACGGAACCGUUCAAUUGUACUCCCUAAGCAAGCUCUUUAUCACAUACAAAUGGUCUGUUAUUAAACUUUACCUUAUUGGGGUUUUUAAAUAUCACUUUUCAAUUUUAGUAGUCAAGAAUGCAAAUCCUAGCUAAAUUAACUGGUCAGUUGAAGGUAAUCAGUAACGUCCCUCAAAGUAUAGUAAACUUCAGCUAGUGGAUGUAGUGACAGUAAUUUAUUUGAAACCAAUACUCCCUUGUAAUCUACGAACACGACUUACAAAUAAUAAGCCUUCAGAGAAAGUAGUCGUAUGACUCACGGAUUAUAAAUAACAAAUAAAAUCUCGCUUUAGAGCUGGCUGAGAAAAAC